UUUAAGAACAUUGCUUUUGUUAGAUACCACUUUCUAGCUUCUGCAAUGUCAUCGCAGUCGCAAUUACGUUUGAUUAUCAACGAGUUCUCUAAAAAAUUUCAAACGAAGCUGAAUACACAGAAGCUGCAUAGCUUCGUUACCAAGUCCCAACUCGCGCGUGAUCCGUAUUUCGCCACGCAGCUCGUUAGAUACUACUCCUUAAACGAUGACCUUCUCUCUGCACGCAAACUGUUCGACGUAUUUCCUGAGAGAAGCGUUUUCCUCUGGAACUCUGUUAUUCGAGCUUACGCUAAAUCCCAUCAUCUUGGCCCCGCUUCCUCACUCUUCUCUCAGAUGCUUAGCUCCGAUACGAAGCCAGAUAGUUUCACCUACGCGUGCUUAGCUCGUGGCUGCUCAGAGAGUUUUGAUACAGAGGGAUUGAGGUGUAUCCAUGGGAAUGCUAUUGUGUCUGGUCUUGGAUUUGACCGAGUUUGCGGCAGUACACUUGUUAAAGCUUAUUCAAAAGCUGGCCUAACGUUUGAAGCGAGUAAGUUGUUUUAUUCAAUACCAGAGCCAGAUGUUCCUCUGUGGAAUGCUAUGCUCUCUGGAUAUGGAAGUUGUGGAUAUUGGGAAGAAGGAAUCAGUAUGUUUAAUAUAAUGUUACGUCAAGGAAACAGACCUGAUUGUUAUACGAUGGUAGCCUUGAUGACUGGAGUGAUUGAUCCUGGUUUAACACUCGUUGCUCGGUCUGUUCAUGGGUUUUGUUUGAAAGUGGGUUUAGACUCUCAGUCUUAUGUUGGUUGUGCGCUUGUGAGCAUGUACUCGAGGUGCAAGUGUAUUGCUUCUGCUUGUGGUGUGUUUAGUGGCAUCUCUGAGCCUACUGAUUUAGUUGCGUGUUCUUCUUUGAUAAACGGUUACUCCAAAUGUGGAUACCACAAGGAGGCUUUGUGUCUAUUUAAUGAGCUGAGAAUGAGUGGUAAGAAGCCAGAUUCUGUUCUCGUUGCGAUUGUAUUAGGGUCUUGUGCUGAGUUAUCGAAUUCGCUCUACGGACAAGAGGUGCAUAGUUAUGUUAUUCGACAAGGACUGGAACUUGAUAUAAAGGUUAGCUCCGCUCUUAUAGACAUGUACUCAAAAUGCGGGGUUCUUGACUCAGCUAUGACUCUUUUCGCUAAAGUUCCAGAGAAGAGCGUUAUUUCUUUCAACUCUGUUAUCUUGGGUCUUGGCUUGCACGGAUUCGCAUCCUCUGCUUUUGAAAUGUUCAAUGAGAUGCUUGAGAUGGGGUUGAAACCCGACGAGGUCACUUUCUCUGCUCUCCUUUGUACAUGUUGCCAUUCCGGUCUUUUACGCGAAGGUCAAGAGAUGUUCAUGAGAAUGAAGAGGGAGUUUGGCGUUGAGCCAAGGACAGAGCAUCAUGUUUACAUCGUGAAGCUGAUGGGGAUGGCUCGAAAACUGGAAGAAGCAUUUGAGUUUGUAAUGUCGCUGCGAAGACCGAUUGAUUCAGGGAUUUGGGGAGCGUUAUUGUCAUGUUGUGAAGUUCACGAGGAUGCUCAUUUGGCUGAAGUUGUAGCAGAGAAGAUAAGGGAGAACGAGGAGGAAGAGAGAAGAAGUGUUUACAACGUUAUGCUCUCUAAUGUGUAUGCAAGAUAUGGGAAAUGGGAUGAAGUAGAGAUGCUUAGAGAUGGAGUUUCAGAAAGCUUUGGAGGUAAAUUGCCAGGCAUUAGUUGGGUUUAACCGCAAGGAAGCAGUUAAUGGCUUGGUUGGGUCUAUGUUGAGGCAUAGAUGAAAAAAAAGUUUAGGAAUGGAGUAUAAGCUAAGCAUAGAAGAAGCUCUUCGGUGAUGUUUGAGAAGCAGUACGAAGAUAAAGAGGGGAGAUCAAGGACGCCAUGGUUGGCAAAAGGAUGUUCAGUAGGAAGAUGAGGUUAGUAACAAGCUCUCGAAUUAGGAUUUUAGAGAAGUGAAUGAUAGGUAAAUUGCUAAUGAUAGUGGCAGAGAUAUAUCUAUCCUUGGUAGAGAUGUUAUCAUUAGGACACCUAUUUAUUUAUUUAUGUAUUAAACAAUAACUGAAAGUGCAGAACAUUUUAAGUACAUAAUGAUUUCAAGAUUGAUAUCAAACGGUAUCUCCCUUAACAAAGCUAGAAUAAGAAAAGCAACUAGGUAGGUCAUUAGAAAGUACACAGUAGAGGAGUUGUCGAUUUACUUCUUGGUUGAUUCCUUCUCAUUAAACUCCUUACAGAAUGCAAUUAUUCUUCCAGCCCACAGAUGAAGAUCAUCUUGGUUGUUUUGAAUAUACCCUUGCAACUGUUUGAUGUUAGAAGCUUGACCUGAGCCUCCUCCUGAUGAUGAUGUUCCUCCAAUGGUAUCUGCAAUGACAGCUAGUAAAGCUGCUAAAAACACACACCUCUUCGUUUGCAGACUGCCAAACAUAUCUGAGUCGAAUAUCCUAGAGUAAAUCCAUGUGCACUUAGACUUUCUAUCACCCUCGUCUAAGCUAGGAUCCUCGUAGCGUUUUAAUAUCUCCAUGAUUGUUUCUAGGCCUUCUUCGGCAGCGUGAUGACGGAGUACAUGACGAAACACAUGGUGCGGCACAGCGAGUUUACUAGCGUUUGAGAUAAACAGAGUAUAAGCAUGAAGUCCUGUAAACCCCAGAUGGCUCUCAAACAACGUUUUGCAGAUGGCUCGAUUCUUGCUGCAUCCACUAAGCUCUUGGAAUGCUAAAAGAAAAGGAGCUACUGAGUUGCGAAUUGUUGUACUUUUCUGAAGAAGUCUCCUCAGACAUUUUAAGCACUCGUGAUCCAGUGAGAGACUAAACUCUAAGGGAGCUUUGUAAAAACUCUGGUAAUGCUCAGGAAGAUAAGACCAAGCCUUUACAAGAGCAUCAUGCUCCUUGGUAGCUAGUCUCAACACUGCAGCGCAGUAAAAACAUGCCGUUCUCACCCAGUUUAAACCGUUGCCUGUUGUGGUAAACAGGAUCAGAUCUUUAUCAUCAGGAGGGGAUCUCCAUCUGGAUGAUUUGCAGAGUAUUCCAUCAGAGAGUCUAGUGUACUCUUCAAGCUCUCUUGCCUUUGAACUCUCCCAUAAUCCACCAAACACAGAUUCAUUUGGAUUUUCACAAGAAACUAAACCCCAAGCACAUACCAUGAGAGCACCCACAGAUCUAAAACUUACCUCAAUUGUUAGAGAAGUUAGAGCUUCUCUGAUGAUUUGAAUCCUCUCAUCAAAUGUUCCAACUUGAUUCCAGGCAUCGAGAUUGAUAACCUUCCUAUCCUUCAACAUCUCGUUUGUCCAUACCACUUUGUUAGGGUUCGGUUUGUGUCUGACUGAUGAAAGAGCUUCCCACUUUUUCAUAAGAUGUGGGUUGAAAAAACUACUAGCCGAAAGAGUGUCAUCUGGUUCAUUCGGAGAUGUUGCCAUUGAUCCAGUAGUGGUCUUCUUGGUCCUUGAAGCAGGUCCUGGCUUUUAAAUCGGAGGAGGUAUCAACAAAAUAAAGGUAACAAGCCGUCAGAAGAACUCCUCCACCUUUUUAACCUAACUGUAAGAGAAGAGACAAUCUAACAGGCCUGGGCCUGGGCCUGAGCCUGUACAAUCUUGAUAUGGACCUCCGGACUGAUACAUGAAAAUUGUUAUACCAUAUGAGAUAAAAUAUUAUACACGGUUAAUGUUCACAUGCAAAUUAAAAAAAAAAAAAUUAUCAAAGGAGAUUGAAAGUAUUUUUGAAUGUAAUAUAAUUACCUUAGGAUAGCAAUAAAUUUUUUUUA